GAAGUGCAACCAUUUAUACCAUAUUAAAAACAGUAGCAACUUUAUUUUUAUUUAAAAGAGAUUUAAAUAUAUGGAACAACAAUCAUAUCUACAUAUAAUACAGCCAUCCAUUCUCUCUUAAAAAAACAAAAACAACACAAUUUAAAGUGUCUGGAUGUCACUGAAAUGACCUUGACAUCAAGGUUUCAAAUUCAGGUUAGUGCAGUGUGUCGUGGUGGUGCUAGAAACAAACGUCUGACUCUCCGUCGGUGCAGUAAACAGGAAGGCAGAGCCGGAGCCGCGCAGCCACUCGACCGUACAUCACAGCCACAAACACAUGACCACAGUCAACGCCGUUUCUCUCCUUCUGUUCAGUUUGUACUUUAACCAUCAAACAGGUCUCUCCAAAAAAAAAAAAAAACAACCAAAAAAACUAAAUCUCUCGGAGCUUUUCUCUCUGUGAAAUGUCUGCAUUGCAGCAAAAAUUAAUUUUAAAAGGACGAGGGGAGCCUGCACAGUGAUCAGUGUGGCAGAGCGCAGCCAACCAAUGACGUUCCACCCUGUUGGCCCUCCAGCCAAUUGCAGCUGCAGUUGAGGUUAAAGAUUGACAAUCGCAGGGAGAGCAGCAGCAGGGAUAGCAUGGGCCUUCUGGAAAAUUCCACAGCCAUCUUUGAUUCCCCCCUGCACUGGCUCAGAUAAAACCCAGUCUGGCUGAGGAGGAGAUUAAGACGGAGUCCGAUGUGGUAGAGGGGAUGGACGCGGCUCUGCGCUCCAAAGUCCCUGAUGCCCCAGGGUCAGCAGAACGACCGGUGGCUCCACAGAAAAGGAAGGUGUCGAGUCCCACCCACUCGUCCAAUGGACACUCUCCCUCAGACACUUCUCCCAGCCCGCUGAAGAAGAAGAAGAAGCCCGGGGCGGUCAACAGCGGCAGCAAAGACCAGUCAGAGCUAAGACAUGGUCCCUUUUACUAUAUGAAGCAGCCAGCACUCACCACAGACCCUGUUGAUGUUGUACCGCAGGACGGCAGGAACGACUUCUACUGCUGGCUGUGCCACCGCGAGGGCCAGGUGCUCUGCUGUGAGCUCUGCCCCAGGGUGUACCACGCCAAGUGCCUCAAACUACCAGCCGAGCCCGAGGGCGACUGGUUCUGUCCAGAAUGUGAGAAAAUAACGGUCGCCGAAUGCAUUGAAACUCAAAGCAAAGCAAUGACGAUGCUGACGAUAGAUCAGCUGUCGUACCUGCUCAAGUAUGCACUCCAGAAGAUUAAACAACCGGGGACUGAGCCUUUUCAGAAACCAGUGUCACUGGAACAGCAUCCGGACUACGCUGAAUACAUCUUCCACCCCAUGGACCUGUGUACUUUAGAAAAGAAUGUAAAAAAGAAAAUGUACGGCUGCACAGAAGCCUUUCUCGCUGACAUGAAGUGGAUUUUACACAACUGUAUCAUCUACAACGGAGGUAAUCACAAGCUAACAGCAACUGCAAAAGUCAUCGUCAAGAUCUGUGAACAUGAGAUGAACGAGAUCGAGGUGUGUCCAGAGUGCUACCUGUCGUCAUGCCAAAAAAGGGACAACUGGUUCUGUGAGCCCUGUAAUCAACCUCACCCUCUGGUCUGGGCCAAACUAAAGGGAUUUCCUUUCUGGCCUGCAAAAGCACUUCGGGAAAAGGACGGACAGGUAGACGCUCGGUUCUUUGGUCAACACGACAGGGCAUGGGUUCCCAUCAACAACUGCUACCUCAUGUCCAAGGAGAUUCCCUUCUCCGUGAAGAAGACCAAAAGCAUUUUCAACAGCGCCAUGCAGGAGAUGGAGGUCUACGUGGAAAACAUUCGAAAGAAGUUCGGGGUCUUCAACUAUGCACCCUUCCGCACGCCCUACACCCCCAACAACCAACUGCAGAUGCUGCUGGACCCCUCCAACCCCGGCGCCGGGACAGUGAAGACGGACAAACCCGAUAAGCUGCGCUUAAACUUCGACAUAACGGCGUCUCCUAAGAUGGUCCUCAGCAAGAGUUCAACAACCAGCAGUAUGAGUCGGAGGGUCUCCAUGACGGAUAUGCCCCGGUCCCCGAUGAGCACCAACUCCUCGGUCCACACGGGUUCUGAUGGGGAGCAGGAUAUGGAAAAGCCCGGAAGGAACGCCGCCUUUCACUACAGCACUGGAGAGGAGUCGAUGGACUGUUCUGCGUCUCCUGUCUCUGGAAAGUCGGCGCCAGCAGCCAGUGUUACAGGAAGCCCAAAGCCCCUAAACUCUGGACUGGUACCCAAGCAGGAGAGGACCUCAGGCACGGGCGGCAUCCUCAACCUCAACUUAGAUCGAGUGAAGGCUGAAAUGGAUCUGAAGGAACUCAGUGAAACGGUGCAGCAGCAACAACAUCAGCAGCAACAGGGGGCGUCGAUGACCCUCCCCACCACCAAGAGACACAUGAGGAGCCUGGACAAAACCAUUGAGAGCUGCAAGGCUCAGCUGGGCAUCGACGAGAUCUCUGAAGACGUUUACAAAGGCGUGGAUCACAGCGACUCCGACGACUCGGACAAGUCCGACUCCAGCGACAGCGAGUACCUGAGUGACGAGGAACACAAGCCAAAGAGCUCCGCCCAGGACGAGAAGGAGAAAGUCGAGAAAAAGAAACCCAAACCAAGUACGGACAGAGAGAACAAGGAGGCGGCCACGGGUGGGGGGGACACGCCCAGUCUGGAACCUCUGCUUAAAGAGAAACCGGGGAGCAACGGCACGGACCGAGACGUCCAGGACCGACCCAGGACGCCACAGGCCCAAACUCAAACGGACAAACCCAAAGGCCCAGAGGAGAGCAGAGCCGCCGCCUCUGCCUCCGCCUCCGCCGGCACCUCCGCCACCGAGCAGGACUCUGACUCAGAGAGAGAGCUGGUCAUCGACCUGGGUGACGAUCACGCCGGUCGGGACUCCAAGAGGUCCAGGAAGGAGCCGGGGGCGUCUGCUGCGAAACAUCUCAAAGAGACCAAUGUCGUCAAGGUAGAAGCAGGUAAACUGCCGUCCUCGGCUGCUGCCGCAGCAGUGACGUCACGUGACGCCUCCUCUGGACAGAAAGAGUCAUCACAACACGCCAGCUCCACUGCCCACGGCCUGGGCUCCGCCGCAGCUUCUGCCGCGCCCGGCGCCACCACCACCACCGCCGCCGCCAACAGCGUUCCCUCUCCAGCCUCCACCUCGGUGACGGCAGCCUCGCCGGUACCUGGCGUGGUGAAGAAACAGCGCCCUCUACUGCCCAAAGAGACCACGCAGGCCGUUCAGCGAGCGGUCGUUUGGAAUCCCAGCAAGUUUCCGUCCUCCUCUCAGAAAUGGCAAAUAGAGAAGGUGCAGCGGCAGCAGCAGCAGCCGGGGGAGCAGCCGGCGGUGCAGUCGCAGAGCCAGGGUCCGGGGCCGGGGCAGGGGCAGACGCGAAGUCCGCAGCAGCUGCACUCGCAGCAGCAGAACUCCUCCAGCACCCGCUACCAGACGAGACAGUCGGUCAAAGGGCAACAGAAAGACCCUCCUCAGAAUGCGUCCUCGUCCUCGGCCCAGGUCACGUCUGGAAGCUCCUCCUCCUUCCUGUCCGGAGACGUUCAGAUCCCGACAGUCUCCGCCGAUGUGGCCGCAGACAUCGCUAAAUACACAAACAAAAUCAUGGACACCAUAAAAGGGACAAUGACUGAAAUCUACAACGAUCUUUCCAAGAGCACAUCGGGGAACACCAUAGCAGAGAUACGAAGGUUAAGGAUAGAGAUCGAAAAGCUGCAGUGGCUGCACCAACAGGAGCUGUCGGAGAUGAAGCACAAUCUGGAGCUGACGAUGGCUGAGAUGAGGCAGAGUCUGGAGCAGGAGCGGGAACGGCUGGUGGCCGAGGUGAAGAAACAGACGGAGGUGGAGAAGCAGCAGGCGGUGGACGAGACCAAGAAGAAACAGUGGUGCGCCAACUGCAGGAAGGAGGCCAUCUUCUACUGCUGCUGGAACACCAGUUACUGUGACUACCCCUGUCAGCAGGCCCACUGGCCGGAGCACAUGAAGUCCUGCACACAGUCAGCCACCGCUUCCCAACAAGAGUCGGAGCCCGAGCCGAACUCCGACCCGUACACCAAACCGGCGGGUCACUCUCCCGCCGCACAGUCGCUGCCCUCCGCAGCGGGGUCCAUAUCAGACAAAAGCAACUCUCCCACAUACAUGGACAAGAGUAAGGACAGUGUGGCGCUGACUGUCACCUAACCGCUACACUACUCCAACGAGCAGACUUUCGCUAACGCCUCCGUCUGGCUCCUGGAUCAAACAGUCAGCAUUAACAUUGGUGCUUGGAGGCAACAUAGACAAAAAAAAUCUUCCCCCCCAUUCCUUGACUGUACGUACAUCAGUGUGACUGCAGUGGUUGGUCUCCAUCAGCCCGUGUCCAGAUGGAUUCACCGUGUGAACUGUGUCUGUUGUGAGAGGUCAACGUGAGUCCGUGUGUUUUCUUACUGUGUUUCCGUGGUGCAGCCCUGUUACCACGUCAUCGUUUCUCCAUCAUCACUUCUUAAUGCUGCUUUCCAAACACUUCACGGUGGUUUCGUUUAACAAAAAAAAAAAAGAGAAAAGAAUUCAUGUUCUAUUACGUACAUUUGUAAAAUACAUAAACAGAUCAUAACCGUUCAGCUGCGUCACCACUGUGGGUUUUUUUUUUUCAGUAACGUGCGUUUCUUUACUUUUUAAUACCCAACAUUUUUUUAAAAUCAGUGGUAACUCUUUUGACCCAUAACCAUUUUGUAUUGUUGCUCCUCAUUGUAUAGACAUCCAGAAAAUGUGUGAUUUAUAAAAAAAAAUUUGAAAAGAAAAGAAAAAGAAAACUGAAAAAUGUAAGCUGUACAAAGAUUUUGUAAGAAGAUACCGGAACAAUAUUUAUAGUGUAAUAUGUUUUAUAGUACGUUUAACAAAGUCACAUUUCUAUGUGUCUAAAGUUAUUUGAAAAAAAAA